UCUUAGCUUAUAUAGUUAGGCACUGAGGCCAGUGACAGGGUGACAGGGGCACCCCAGGGAGGGGUGGGGACUGCUCCUUCAGUGAGCCAGGAGACCCGAGGCUGCUCACAGUUAGCAAGAAGAGCAAGUCUUGGCCGUAGCUAGCUCAGGAGCUCAGGGGGCUCUCCAGGUGGCCUUAAGCCACUUUGAUGCUUGAACCCUCAGUCCCACUGGCAGCAGGCAUCUGCUUCCCGCCUGCAGCCAGGGAGGCAGUUUGAUGCCUUUAUCAGGCUGGAAACAGGACCCUGUCUCUUGGGUGCCUCCACAAUGCCAGGUGAGGACUCCAUCAGCACGCUGGGCAUGAUCCUUGGAGUGGGACUGUCACUGCUGCUUGUGUCCAUCCUUGGCUACAGUUUGGCCAAGUGGUACCAGCGCGGGUACUGCUGGGACGGGCCUAAUUUUGUCUUCAACUUAUACCAAAUCCGGAACUUAAAGGACUUGGAAGUGGGACCACCCUUUACCAUCAGCGGCCACAUGAACGGUCCAGAUGGCGGCUACAUGAAGUUCUCCAAUGAAAGAGUCUGAUGGAGAAGCAUCUAGGCUCUGGAGGUCAGGAGAGGCCCAUGGUAUAGAAGUUUUCUUUGCCCCGGAUAGUGGCUCCACCCUAGGAGUGCUCUGUUGAAGGCUGCGAAGGGACAGAUUCUAGCUUUCUCCGAGAUGGACUAGAAACCAAGCAACAGGUCUGUGAGGCCGGACACUGACUGGGCACUCGGAUCCGUGGCCAUGCCAGGGCCUCCCCAGUGCUCCUCCCCCUCCCCGCUCCUUUUCCUCCCUUCCCCCACUGGAGAGCCUGCUGUGUUGUGGGGCUACAGGCUGCCAUUUCUCUGUUGCCCUGCUCCUCUUCGGUGUCCUUUUCAGCCUAGAAUGUCCUCUUCUCCUGUACCCCAACCCUCCUGUCCACACCCAGACUCUGAACCUCAACCCCUGUCUUUCCCAGGACUCACCCCAAGACUCAAGACUAAACACCCCUCAUUUUGGUCUCUACUGUAAAUGUCCAGGCUUCCUCCACACGUCCUGUUCCCCAACAAGGACGCUUGAGCCCUUUGUGGCCAGGUCUCUAGCAAUCCUUCAAACGAAGCCCAGGAAGUAAGUUUACUGUGGAUUAGAACCCACUGGAGAAGAAACAGAGGGCAGCCUCGUUCUGGAAGAGGACGCCCAGCACCUGAUGAGGACCCUCCGUGUGUUUUCAUUCGUGCUUCUGCCGUUUGAGCCCUGUGGCCACCCUGUGACACAGAGAUUAUUGCUGGCCCAUUUUACACAUAGGAAGACCGAGGGAGUCAGAGAGGCAGCAUGCUUUGCCCAGGGUGGCCCAGGUGUUGUGGAGCCUGAGUGGAAUCUGUGGCCUUAGGGACACAGUCUCACCUCAGGGCUUAUCAGGGUAAGGACUGGUCACUGUAUAAAAGGAUCUGGUUUUUACUCUGUUCCAUGGUGCUGUGUGGCCAGAGGCUGGCUGGUCACACCACUUAUUUGAGCAUCUGUUUCAGCAUUGGGAGAGCAAAAGAUAAGAUUAUUUCUUGAAGGGUCCUCUUGACAUUUACCCUGUCUAUUUAAAAGAAGCAAUCUCUUAUACCAGUAGCCUGGCCACACUAUAGCUGCCCAGUAAAUAGUUAAAGGAUGCAAGCAGGAUGCAAGUGUCAACUCUGACUUAGGAGCUGGCUGCUACAAGGUUGCUGCUAAGGUCUCCCUGAAUGCCAGCUGUCUGGGACUCUAACUACCGUUCAGUUUUCCCCUCCAUCUGGCAGGGGUUGAAGACUGGACCACUCCCAAACUAGUCAAUAUCUGAAAGGCAAACACAUUUGCUGGGCACAGACUGAUCAGGGCAGGGGCUCCAGGUACCCAGUCUCGCUUCAGCCUCACAGGUAGGGAAACAGAGGCUGGGGAAAUAGACACUUAGAGGGAGUGAGAAUUUACUUUCCUUAUAUCCUGGGUUGCUGGCUUGGAGCAGCAGGCUAAGGGGCAGCUACUGUCUGAUGCCCAGCUCCCAAGAAACUGGCUCCUCCCUCCAGUGAGAUGCUACCCCUCACAGUGAUGGGUGGGGCUUUCAGGAUUCAGGCCUUCCCAGGCUUGCUCUAGCUCUGAGCUUCUUACUCAGUUACUUCCUGGUCGUCCUUUUACUUUGUAUUGUCUCUUUGAUUUCUCAAAUCGCCACAUUCUGCCCAGUUGUCCUCUUGGCCCAUGUAUCACAUCCCCAAGGAACUUUCUUUAAGACUCACAGGCCUUGUUCUCUUCUGAUUUUGCUUAUAAAUACUUCCUGGCUCCCAUAAGUUCCUGAUUUCAACUCAUUCAUUCAUUCAUUCAUCCAUCCAUCCAUCCAUUCAUUCAUUCAUCCAUCCAUCAGUUUCUCUACUCCUCCAGGUAUUAGGCAAGACCCCAUCAGGAAUGCAGUCUCUCUGGAGGUUAACCUGAUCUCUCUCCUGUUUCACAAGCACUUACUGUGGGCAGAGUUAGGCUUCACAUCUCUUCCAAGUCCCCUGUUGUACCUGAGGCAGGAACUGCUCAGGAAACAAAGUGGAAGAAUUCCUUAGUCUUUUGAGGGCAUCUUGCACAUUGCUCCAAACCUGGUCCAUGUCUGGUGCUCCUGAAGCUCACUCACACCUGUCAUCCCUUCUCCUUUGCUGUCAGCCACAUCCCGCCUCGUGCAUGUGAUCAGAUAACUUUCCAGAGAAGGGCCCUGCACGCAGAUGGAGACCUUUUCUACCAUGGGGCAGCCUAAGACCGGAUCAAAGCCACAGCAUCCCCUAUGAGUCUGUGUGGCCUUGUCCCAAGCCAGUGUCAGUAGAUGGGAUCAGGUGACAGGACCCAGAAGACCACAAUCUGUGGUGCUCAUUUCUACGCGCCAGGGGUUUGAGGAGGCCAACAUAGAAGCAGAUGGAAGUGUCAUUAUUUUUAAAAACUGCUUAGUGGGCAGAAACCAGCUAGAAGUGGUGAUGUUUGAGCAAAAGCUGAAACAAAACAGGAAGCCAGUGGCCUGGUGAAUUCUCACACUUGAGGACCAGAAGUGAAAUGUUCUGUCUGCCCAGAGGAGCAAGCAGCAAAACAACAAAACAGCAGUGGGACAGUGCUGGAGGCCAAGGCUGUAGUGGACCCUGCCUUCCCCACUCUGCCAUCGCCUCUGGUCUCUGCCCUCCAGUCUCUUGCAGAGCCAUGGGAUUGGCUUCCCCUCCCCAAAGCCUUGGGUAGGAUUUCUCAUGCACAAACAGAGGACUUCUGGGAGAAAGGUGGGUGGGAAAUGGAAGACGUUGCAUAUCUUCUGUUCUAAGCCCAGUCCUUCUCCUUAUAGACUGUGGGCUGAGGCUCUAGGGGCUCCAGGGACCUUGUUUAUGUAAGGUAGCCAUUGGCCUUGAGAACUUUGAAGCUUCUUCCAGCUGUGAGGCUAUUUCCUAGUGGGAAACUUCAGUUCCACCAUGCUGGGGUGAGGAUGGGGGAGAGACACAUGGAUGUGUGUGUGUGUGUGUGUGUGUGUGUGUGUGUACAUGCAUGCAGAAUUGAGCUGGCCAGGAGGAGCAUGUCUAGUUGCCUUCUGGUAGGUACCCAGUAAAAGUUUGCCCAAAGAAUAGGCCAAAUGCUGAAUUUUUUAGGUCCCUUUGUCUUGUCUCCUGGGUGUUUUCUCCUGCCUUAUGUCUUCUGUUUGCUCUGUGGUCCUAAGUCCUACAACACAUAAGAACUGUGGGGUGAAGAGAGCAGGGAAGAGAAUUAUGGGAUCAUGUGACUAAGAGGAGAAGAUGGCAAACCCGAAACCAAGCUUCCGCUCAGAGUUACCAAUAGCUCCCUUGCUCUCCCUCCCUGCCUCCCUCCCUCCCUCCCUCCCUCUCUCCCCUGCUCUCUCCUAGGUUCAGGCUAAUGUCUCCCAAGCACCUGCUUUGCUCAGUCUUCCAUGACCAUCAUAAUCAUUUUGAUGUUCUUGAAUGGCUUUCACCUGCAUUCAAAUACUUCUCUGACAUGAAUGGAAAAGUUCUACUCAUCGAUGCAUUCAUUUAGUCACCAACAGUUUGUGAGUGCUCAUUACUAUGCACUACCAUUGACUGGUUUAGAGGGCCCAGAGAUCAAUCAGGCGGAGUUCCUGCUGUCAGUGAGCUGGAAUGAGUGCUGGCUAAAGGACCACCUGUGAAAGCAGUGUGCCCAGAGACCUCAUGAAAAGUUAGCUUCAAGACUAUCUCCAUUUGACAGAUCAGAAGACUGAGGCCCAGGCAGACUCAUUUGCAAAGAACAGAUCAUGCCUAGAAUCCGGAGAAGCGAGCUUUCCAUUCCCUGGGAUGACCUUGGGGCCUUUACAGCCUAAUAACCUUGUGGUGGCAAUUGGUUAGUCUUACUACUUGCUGUGGUAGCUGGUUAGUCUUAGUGGAGCUUGCUGUGGUAGCUGGUUAGCCUGGGUCACCAUGUGCUUGCCCUGCCUCCCCAUACUCCACCCUAUACCAGGGUCUACAGCACUGGCUCUAUUCCUAUCUUGAUUCUUUGCUAGCGUUGGAUCCUGGGCUCAGAUCUUCUAAUGCCUGUCACAGACUCCAUGCCUGAGCCUUCCUACCCCCAUUUAGCAUAGUUAAUAUAUCACACCCUUCACGUCUUUCCCGUGAGUCCUGCAGGAAUGCACCUAGCACUUACAAGGUAUUUCACACCGUUGCAGGUGCAGAGGGCACCAAGAGCGAUACUUCACACUUCCCAUUUCAUUUUCAUGGGUUUCCCGCAUAGCGAAGUUACACAUUGGAAGCACAUGCAGGGUCUGAGUGGCCUCGGGGGCAGGUGGCUAUGAGGGCUGGAGGGGAGGAUGUGCAAGGAAAGAGAUGAGAAGGGACAGGAGCCAGGAGGGCGGUUUUGAAGAACCUUCUGAGCAGAGGCUUGGAGUGUUGUCUUACAAGUUGUCCAGUAGAAUUCAAAGCUCAAAUUUGCAUUCUCAGCCUCUCAGCUCAGUCAAGAGUAGGGAAGAUUAUUUAGUGGCAAGGGAUGCUGCAGGCAAAAAAAAUUGACCAGGAGGCUGUGGCAAAUGGCCCCAGAGAGGGAUGAAGACUCCAAAUGGAAGAAGCAGGAUAGGAUAGCUGCAAGACCACCAAAGAGGUGAGGCUGAGGGACCAUCUAAUGAUCACUUUAUCCAUUAGGCAAGAUCUGCAUGAUCCCCAUUGCUGUGUGAGUGGGGUUGCUAUUAGCCACUAUGAGAAACAGUAGAGACAAUCAGAGUUAAGAAGACAAUGGUCGCUCCAAUAUGGAGACAUAAAGUGGCAAACCACAUCACCCCUCUAAAGGCAUUGGAGAAACCAGUCCACACUGGUUGGACACUGGGGAAGCAGGAGUUUUGGGGGCCCCCAUGAGUGCAUUUUUGGGGGAGUUGGGACAGGAGCUAAGGAUGGGAGCUGUGGUGUUGAGGAGUGGUUAAGUUCUGGCAGAAAGCCCACACUUAUUAUGUAUAGAGUGUAGUCCGUGAGUGAGUGGGGCUUCUCUUCUAAAGAUUGAUUAUGAAGGGAAGGAGGAAGACAGUACUAUGUCUACACUCCCCUGCUCAUGCCUACUCCAGAGCCCCCAAGAUGCUGCAGGUAGGAUAACACUUGGCUGUUCCAUCAACCCCCCCCCCCCGUUAUGGACUGUGGCUGUCUGAAGAUCCCUGAGGCCCCUGGCUGGGGUCGGCAGUGCCCAUGUCAAGCUCUGGCAUGGUUCUGAAUGGAUGCCUGCUCUUCCUAGAGAUAGUGAGUCAGGUGGAUAUCCCGAGUUUAUGGCUGUAGAUGGUCAGGAAUCCUCUUCAGACCUGUCUUCUCAUCUCUAUGUCACAAUGACAAGUCCACCCACGACACAAGUCUCACAGAGAACACAGAGCACUUGCCUCAACAUUCCCAGUGCUGAGUCCUAACCCAGUGCCAGGCCCAUCCUUAAAUAUCUUUCCUCUGCAAGAAAUACCACUAUUGAGCCAAAGCUAGGCAUCUCUCAGGUUCCUAAUACCUCCGCCCAGCUACACCAUGUUUUCCCUUACAUACCCAUAUUGUGCACUGUUCUCCAUCAGUUUCAAGUGGAGUUACCAUUUGACUCUUUCUUUGCAACCUGUUGUCCUGUCUUGCUUUCUUUAAAGUCAUUUGAAUUUGUUCCUUCUUCUCUAUUCCCAUUGCCCUUGCUCAAUAUAUAUGUAUAAGCAUCUCUAUGGACUGAAUGUGGGUGUCCCCUCACUCCUCAAUGUUGACAACCUAACCCCCAAUGAAAUGGUGGGGCCUUUUGGAGGCUACUGGAUGAGAUCAUGGGGAUGGAGCCUAAUGAUGGGAUUAGUGUCUUCAUAAGAGGAAGAGACAAACGAUAUCUUCCCAUCAUGGGUGGUAUAGCUCCAAAUUACCUGCAGACAAGGAAAGGGCCCCUAGUGGGAGCUGGAUGAGCUAGAACUGUGACCCUCCAGUCCCCAGCCACUGGCAUGCAUCUGGCUAAAGACCUGCUCCCUGUAUGUGUCCUCUCCUAUUGCCAGAGCCAACGCAGCUUCCUGUCCUGCUUCUCUGCUAGGGCAGGAUGCUAGCUCCUUUCAUGGCACAUGUCUCAGAUGGCGACACUUGUUAGUACUAAAUGGCUUGGUGUCCGCCUUUAUAACCAGAUACUCUGCUCCAUGAAGCCAAGGCUGAAGAUCACACCUGGCAUGUGGCAUGUGGUAGGUAAUUGCUGAAGGAGUGAUGUGCUGAGCUGGUGUGAUAAGCCAGCCAAAACUAAAUGGCUGGCUUUCAAUAAAGGUCCCCCUGUUUUCUGCUCAGCUCGAAUGAA